ACCACAACCAACACUUUGUCCUCGUUUCCUCCCGCGCAUCCCUCGGCAUCCCCUCACAUCACAUCUGCUCUCUCGCAUCCUACAUUGCCUGGCGUGUUGCCAUGCCAGCCACUCGCUCGAAGCGUCGCACGAUGGCAGCGGCAGCGGACGUGGACAUGUCACUACUGCCAGAUGGGGAUGGACCCGCUAUUGGGGACGGUAGCAUGACGAUGCUCAUGGACCAAUCGCUGCGCUUCUCGCCGGUCAAGGGUGGAAAGAGGGCCAGGAAGGGUCUGAUGCCGCAGAAGAGGAAGUCAUUUCAGCAGAACGAGGAGAAGCAGGGACAGUUGGACGACCUGGAUGACGCAGAGCUCUCCCGCCUAGCAUGGGGAGAGGCGGCCAGCUCCGGUCCGCAAGAAGGGACCGCUGCUAAGCACGAGCAGGUGCAUUCGCCCUUUUCUAGCCCUGCCGGGUCUCAAGCUCAGGAUCUGCCGCUUGCCGCAUUCUCACCCAAUGUCGAAGUCCGCCGUAAACGAUCACCGAGGAAAACAGCCACGCCGAAGUUCGACACAGAGGGUUGGUCGAGCCAUGAUGACCUAGCAGCAGACGAGACGCUUGCUGCUGCGAAUGCUCCACUGCCUGAGCCGGUGAAGAGGCCGGCACCAGUGGCACAUGUAGCGUCAGUGUCUCAAGCACUGCCACCUCCAGCAUCAAAGCUUCCAACGAGAGCAAAGCCUCGAGCAACAAGCAUCGCCGCCCUCGUCGCCGGAGCAAGGGCUGCUAAGGCCUCGUCCUCUUCUUCAUCCUCAUCGUCAAGCCAGCAUCAACAGCAAGAGAAGAAGGAAGGUCGGGAAGAGCGACGCAAGCGACUAGGUCUUGACGUUCCCCCUGCCACUGCAGCUACCGGUUCAACACACCAAGCCAAUGCAGCGUCCUCCUCACCCGCUCCAAGCUCUCCACCCAAACGUAAGCUCACCUCGCUCCUGUCCUUCUCGCCGAGCAAGGGGAAGAAUAUCGCCCCCGUACCGGUAGGCAACCUGGACCGCGCUGCAACAGCAUCGUCGUCGUCGGACUUGAUGUCCUCGUCACCCCUUCGCCGUAAGGAGAAGCGACAGGGGCCAGAGAGGAGCAGCGAUUUGCUGAGCCUGAUGGGCAAAACUUCGAGCCCGCAGAAGCAUGCGACAGCUGGUGUGGCAAGAACGACAGCGUCAGCGGCAGCCGAGCCAACUGCAGCCGUAGAGAGAUUUUCGGACAUCGCUGAGGACGAGAAGGAGCAUCACCGAAUCGAAGAGGACAUCGAAGAGGUGGAAGAGGUUGUUGAGCAGGAGACUGCCGCGGUGCUAGAGGGAGCUGAGCUGGCAGAGGUCGAGAUGGAAUUGGAUGCCACCUCUGAGGCUCAAGAGCAGGACGAUCUCGAGGUCAAAGACGACAUGACUGCAGAAGAAGCCAUUGACGAGCAGGAAGGAGGGGAACGAACUUCGAUCCACGGUGACGCCGAGGAAGCCGAGCAAGAACUGGACGUCAAGGCUGAGCAAUUCGAUGAACACGUCGAAGAUGACGUGCAUGUGCCAUUCGCUGUUCCGCAGCAAGAGCCUGCUGCCGCAGGCAUCGAGGAGGUGCCCUCCCCCGCUGCCGCUAUCAUCGGAACACCUGCGAGCUCUCGUCCUCGCCGCAGAAGCAGUCGGCUCUCCUCAUCGGCCCUGACCGGCUCGGCCAGCACGAACGACCUUGCAACAGCGCUCUCCCAAGCCGAGACGAAGGUGGCCAUCGAGAGCGCAGCCGUCGCGACGUCCAAGCCACCAGCAACCCGCCGGACGCGAAGCAGCAUGACCCACAGCGCGUCCACUGGCGGCAAAUCAUCACGUCAAGCCAUUGCAGCACGCGACGCCAAGCUGGCGGUUGCAGAGUCGAAGGCGACGCGGGUAUACAGGGAGAGGAAGGCGGCGGCAGCGGCGGCGGCAGCGGCGGAGGAAGCGAGAGAAGUUGCGCGACCUGCAACAUUGUCGGCAUCUGCUGACAUGAGCAAGGCGAUAAUCGGCUCUUCUUCGCCGGCCAAGAGAACAAAGGUGACGCGCAGUGCCGUGGCUCUGCCUGCGGCAAAGGAGGAAGCCAUCGAUGCGAAGCCUACACGUCGAACAGCCGGUCGAGCAGCACUGGGAAAAGGCAAGGCCGGGACCCAACGCCAGACUGCAUCGCGAGCUGGAUCUGCCAAUCAGUCGACGCCUACCGACCUCGACGUCCCAGCAGGAUAUCGUGUCACGUCCACUGGUCAACUUGUACCCACUGCUGCCUCCAGUACUGCCACUGUUCCGAGCGCGAGCAGCAGGACGCGUCGCACAGCACCUGUUGCGUCCUCGGUCAGCUACACCCCAUCAGCAGCGCAUUUCUCCUCCCUAUUGUCUGCAACGGAGGCCAGCGCCACCUCCUCCUCGUCCAGGGCGCUCGGGGCGGGCGAUGUGCCUGCCUACCUGGCGCGUAGGAGGGAAGAGGUGCAACGCGAAGUAGACGACGAACUUGCACGCCGCAUCGAGAAGGCGAGGAGGGACGAGCUUGCGCGCUCUGGCGCUCGUGGGAGCUCUAGUCGCUUUGCUCACCUUCCUCCAGCACUCAUGGGCCCCAAAGGUUCCAGCAGCUCAUCUCGCACAGCUGCCCCAGCUCCUGCACCCCCCUCAGCUCUGUCGCAACGCCUCGAAUCUCGUCGUGCGUGGGAGACGUCCCGCCGCGCUCGUGACGCUCUGGUCGAAGCGGAGCGUGCUGCAGCUCGUGAGGAGAGGGAGAGGCUGGAGGCGGAGGAGCUGCGCAAGGAGAGGGAGAGACGAUGUCCGAGGGCGAAUCCUGUGCCGGAGGAGAUUUACGGGACGGUCAAGAGGGAGAGGAUCGGGAGAAGGAGAGAGUAGGGAGGAGAUCAUACCACUCAUCCAUCCAUCUUUUGCUCACUGUCGUUGCUUGUGCGUGCAAUUGAGUGUCAGUCAUCUCAUUUACACGCCCAGUAACAUUCUUGCUUCUUCUGCACUCCUCAGCCCUUCUACAGCCUCGCAGCGCUUCAUCGCUCCUUCGUACCCCUCGACCAAUCGGCGCAUGGCCUCUGCGU